AUGGCUCAACCCCAUGUUAGCCCUAUGGGUUCUAUCAUGGAUGACAAGAAUGACUCUUUAUAUGAUGACUCCCUCAACAAGGAUGAAGAAAUUGUUGAAUAUUCCACUUUCCGACUCAAAGCAUAUGAUAUAUUAGAAGACCUAAAAGACUUCCUUCAGUCCAACAAAAAUGGCCACAUGGGUACCAACAAGAACUCAGGUUUUAUCAUCGGGCAGGCCCAAAAAAUCAUAGACCUUUUCGACAGUGGAUGGGUCAACCACGUUUUUAUGAAACUUAACCAAAAAGUCUCUGAGUUAGCCACUAAAAAAGACUGUAGAGAAAUGAGCAAUGGCAUACACACAUGUUUGAAGUCAGACAUGCAUAGUAUGUACAAGAAGGCUCCCACCUCAUUACCUACAUCUGGCCACUUCUCAACCCCUUCAUACAGAGAGACACUUCUGAAACCCAGGAGUACCACCUCUAGGCCUGCUAAAGCUGCCAGCAAUACCCUCCUUGUCUACUGUCAGGACGAGUCCAAGGGCUCUGAGGAGACUAAAAAGAUUUUAAAAGAAAAAAUUAACCCAGCAAAAUUAAAAGUUGGCGUAAAGGGAAUUAGGAGAAUCGGUAGGGGAGGUGUGGCCAUAGAUGUCUCUGCAAAGCAGGGCAUUGUGACUCUGAAAGGUGUGAUACAGGAAUUGGCACCUGACCUUAAAACACAGGUUCCCCCAAAGCAGAAACCAAGAAUCAGAAUUGGAUUUGUUCCUACACAUUUGACAAAACAAGAUUUUACAGAUGCUGUAUACAGCCAGAAUGAGAUAGUUCACUCUAACAUGAGUGUAGAAGAAUUUAACAAGGAGUUUUCUGCACAUGUAACUAUUAAGAAUCGUGACCCAGGCAUAGUUGCGUGGCUUGUGGAUGUCUCACCCAGGAUUAGGAAACUCUUACUGGAUUCCAAACGGGUCAAUAUAGAAUGGGUGCGUUGCCCAGUAAAUGACCAUUUCUCCAUAACGCAAUGCUUUAAAUGCUGUGGGUAUGGCCACAUCAGUACCCUGUGUACCCAAGAGAGGGCAACAUGUAGUCAAUGUGGGGGACAACACCAUUUCAAAGACUGUCCAAACAAGAACACUACUGCUGAAUGUACUAACUGCAAGAAAAACAAAAAUACAGAGUGUGCACACAAUGCAUUUGAUAAAGAAUGUCCCACCUACAAAAGGAUGAAGUCACGACUAAUACAAAGAACUGACUAUGGGGAGUGA